GGCCGGAAGGCGGCGGCCGCUUCCCCCGGGGCUGCCCCGCGAUGGGCCCGCGGGAGCUGCCGCUGCUGGAGCCGGGACACCGCCCGCAGCCGGGCAAGUGGUACCGUCUGUCUCCUCGCGGUGCCCGGCCCCGCGGCCGCGUGGGACACGGAUGCCUCUUCCUGCCCAGCGGCGGCAGCGGCCGCGUCCUUCUCCUGGGCGGCGCCGACCCCGCCGGUGCCUUCUCGGACGCGCACUUCGUGGAGCUGGGCGCGCACCGCUGGUCGGCGGCCGCCUGGAGCGGACUGCGGCCGCGCUACGAGCACGCUACCUUCCUGCCCCCCGCCGGGCCCCCCCGCCUCUGGGUCUUCGGCGGCGCCCACCCGGCCGGGAACCGGAGCUGCGUGCAGGUGCUGGACCUGGCUGUAGGAACCUGGGAGAGCCCCGAGGUGAGCGGCGAGCAGCCGCUGCCCAGGACGUUCCACAGCUCCUCAGCAGCCAUCGGAGAGUGCCUGUAUGUGUUCGGGGGGGGACACCAGGGAGCAGAACCCGUUCAGGACCAGCAGCUUCACGUGUUCGACACAGCCACCUUGACUUGGUCCCAGCCAGAUACUCAGGGUGAUCCCCCCUCUCCUCGGCAUGGACACGUUGUGGCUGCAGUUGGGACCAAACUCUUCAUCCAUGGAGGUUUAGCUGGAGAUAUUUUUUACAAUGACCUGUUCUGCAUUGAUAUAACUGACAUGAGGUGGGUUAAGAUCCCAGCCACUGGUGACAUCCCGGGGGGACGGGCAUCACACUCAUCUGCUGUGUUCAAAGAGCACUUGUACAUUUUUGGUGGAGUAAGUCCUGACGGGGCACUCGACACCACGUACAGGUAUCACACAGAGAAGCAGCAGUGGACACUCCUGCAGUUUGACUCCCCCCUGCCCCCUGCACGGCUGGAUCACGCCAUGUGUGUCAUUCCCUGGCGGGCUGGAAAGAGCAGAGACAUGGGAGCUGUCACCUGGGAAGAGAAAGCUGGGAAAGAGUCCACACCGUCAGGAGGUGACACAGCUGUGCCCCUCCAGAGCCAGGAGGAGGAGUGUUCUGAGGACACAGUCCUGCACCUGCUGUUAAUAUUUGGGGGGAUGGACAUGCAGGGGGAGAUGUACCAGGACUGCCUCGUCAGCCUGAUCGAGUAGCACCAGCCUUUGCUGGGUGGAUUUUGUAUUCCUGUCAGAUGAAGUUGGGGUUUUUCCAAUAAACAAAUUCUUGUUCUCU